UUGACGGGAAGACCAUUUUCUGUGUUAUUUAGUUUUCGAUCUUUUAUUGAAACAUUCACAACAAUACCAUUUAUUGUAUCUAUUUUUAUCGAUAAUGGACAAUAUCUAUAUGAUAAACCUGUGGACCCAUUGAAAUCCAAAUUGGUUUAUUUGGUUGGUACACUUGUUGCCUUAUUAUAUAACGGCAUGUCUGCAUUUCAAUACUGCGAGGUAACAUUUGGAGACAUCAACUAUUCUAUUCUAGACUCUCUCUACGUCGUUAUGGUCACACUAUCAACAGUAGGUUAUGGUGACAUUACGCCACAUACAGAAGGCAGUCGAAUUGUCAUGAUGUUACUGAUUGUUAUAUCCUUGGCUGUAUUGCCCAACUUGUUGGCUGAUGUCUUGAAUACACUCAGAAAACGAAAUGAUUGGGGUGGCCAUGUAUCAGACUCUGCCAAACCUUUUAUUCUUUUAGUGGGAUCAUUUAGACCAGAACAAGUGACAGAGAUCCUUGACGGCUUUUUAAAUACGGCAAAACCUCAUUUAAAUGUCGUCUUUUUGGAUAUCAAUCGUCCUAAUGAAGAGCUCAAAUUCCUAGAAAGAAACUCAAUGUGGGGACAUCGUAUUCAGUUUAUUCAUGGAUCUGUCUUGGAUGAACAAACAUUAAAGCGAGUUCAAGCAAGAUCAGCUUCUGCUAUUUUUACUCUUUCAGAUCAACAUGCCAUUGACCCCACAAAAGAAGACGAGCGAAACACAGUUCGACUAUGGUCGCUUCAUUGUUUUACAGUCAGCCAUAAUGUAGAUAUUUAUACCUAUAAUUUAUCACCUUCCACCAGUAUCUACCAGAAAAUGGCUAAAGAAAUCAUUUGUGUCCGCGAAUUCAAACAAUAUUUACUAGCAAUGAACUGUCGUUGUCGUGGCGCUUCUACUCUCUUGACAAACCUGUUGCACCAAAGGCGACCUAUGGAUCAUUACGAUGAAUCAUGGCAAGCACAAUAUGGUAAGCCCAUAGCAUCCUGGGUUGUCUAUACAGAAUGUCAAGUGAUAUUGUUUGGUGUUAAGACAUGUCUGGAUAAUUGUGAACAACGAGAAAUCCUUCUCAACCCAGGGAACCAUUAUAUACUGAAACCAGACGAUCUUUGCGUCUACACAUGUGAAAGUCCUAGAGAAGUAGAAGAUACAGACACGAUGCCAAGAACCUCUAGUACCUACCAAGUCUCGCUCAUCUUCUCUUCAUCUUCUUCUGUUCAUCAUUAUUCUCAACCACCCCCUCGCCAACAGUUUGACUUAGCCAAGUUACCUACACCUCGACUUGCCAUGUUAACAGGCAGUAGAAAGUUAAUUAGUCGACUCGGUAAAUUGCCUCUUUUAGAUCACCCAGAUGCAGUUACUGAGGCUUCACCUCUAUGCUAUUUGCUGGAAAAACCUGCGACAUUGGAUGAAUUGACACUUGAGUCUGCAGAAUGCAUGAAUGGCCAUAUUUUAGUGUGUAUGCAUCAUAAAGUAUCCAACAUUUUCAAAUUUAUCUAUAAUCUCAGGCAAUACUUAUAUCAAUUGAUUAGAUCUCCUCAAUUGAAAUCGAAUGAAUUGCAAGAUAUUGUGUUUUUAUGUACGUCUUUACCGAGUGACAAGCAAUUUGAAAUGGUAAAGCGAUUUCCAAGAGGUAAUUGUCAACAUCCUGAAGAUUUGAUCAAGGCCGGUGUUAAGAGAGCAAAGCAAGUUGUUGUGAUGAGUGAAAGAGAGUGCUUAGAUCAAUAUGAAAGGAGUUCAGAUAGCCCUGCUGUGUAA